GUUGAGCACCAUUCACCAGAGCCGCUUUCCAGUGCUUUUGAAUUGAUAGAUGGUUUGCACCUUGUCAUUUCUGUACGUUCUGACGGGAUGCUGCCAACUGCCAGACCCCAGACCUUAUGCUGUUUUAUGUGUUUUGUGACUGUAAAUGUAUACGUACUGCAAAGUUAUAUGUUGGAAAAGUAAAAGUCAGUAUACAUAUCUGUAUUUGUUUUGUGUGCAAAAGGAAAAGCUUACGAGUGGUGAUAACGGCGAUAACUGGUGAUAACACAUUUACAACCUACACAAAUACACGUUUUGUGACCGACAAAUUAAUCACUCUUUUCUGUAAAAUAGUCACCCCUUAGCAACUAUCCCUACUAUGUUUCUACUUUAUACAUUUGUAGAAUAACCUCCGAGUAAUUUAUAUUGUAAGUUAGUGGAAUUCAUGAAGUCAUACUAGGAAUAUAAUUUUAUUGUUGGAAGUGAAGAAGUGUGUCCAUCAUUAUGAAGUGUUCAGGGAUCCUGGUUUUUCCCAUUUUACUAUACCAUGUACAAUCCUUUUAUCUGCCAGGGCUGGCCCCGGUUAAUUACUGCAGAAGUGGAGAGGACACCAAUACAUGUAAAUCACAAGUUGACCUGUAUGUCAACAGACUAAAUACAGAAGAAUCAGUAAUCCCCUAUGAAUACAACCAUUUUGAUUUCUGCUUGCCAAGCGAAGAGCUGAAGUCUCCAGUAGAAAAUUUGGGUCAGGUCGUGUUUGGAGAGCGAAUCCGCCCAUCACCUUAUAAAAUUCGCUUCAUGGAAAACCAAACAUGUACAUUAUUGUGCAAGAAAACAUAUUCUAGUAAUGAUCCCCAGGAUAACUUGAAAUUGAGCAUUUUACGUAAAGGAAUUGGAUUGAAUUAUCAGCAUCAUUGGAUUGUUGAUAAUAUGCCAGUAACAACAUGCUAUGAUACUGAAGAAAAUGAACAGUUCUGCACAACAGGUUUCCCAAUGGGUUGUUACUCGAAGAAUGGCCGUCAGACUUGUGCCAAACCAGUAAGCAAGAUGGAUGCUUCCUAUAUACAUAAUCACGUAGAUCUAACCAUAACAUAUCAUUCAGGAGCUAAAGAAGAAUGGGGCUCCCAGUUCCAACAGAAUGGAGGCAGGAUUAUUUCUGUGAAGGUGAUACCCAGAAGUAUUGAUUAUAAAGGACAACCAUGCAUGCAGACUGGAGAUUACCUAAGUUUGCCGACAAAAAACUUGGAGAAAGGACAAACUUUUGAGAUUAUUUAUACAUACUCUGUCACCUUUAUUGAGAAUAAUAAGGUGAAAUGGUCCUCGAGAUGGGACUAUAUCUUGGAAUCUAUGCAACACACAAACAUCCAGUGGUUCAGUAUAUUAAACUCGGCUGUCAUCGUACUGUUUCUUUCUGGAAUGGUCGCCAUGAUCUUGCUAAGGACUUUGCAUAAGGAUAUCGCAAGAUAUAACCAAAUCGACAAUGGAGAAGACGCACAGGAGGAGUUCGGUUGGAAACUUGUACAUGGCGACGUGUUCCGUCCACCUCGUAAGGGCAUGCUCUUGUCUGUACUGCUCGGUUCCGGAGUGCAGGUAUUCUGCAUGACACUGGUUACAUUAGCCUUUGCUUGUCUGGGCUUUCUCAGUCCCGCUAACAGGGGUGCACUUAUGACCUGCGCGAUGGUAUUGUACGUCCUCUUAGGUUCUCCCGCGGGGUACGUUUCAGCUAGGAUCUACAAAAGCUUCGGCGGAGAAAAGUGGAAAUCAAACGUGUUAUUGACAUCCAUGCUGGCAACCGGGAUAGUUUUUGGACUCUUCUUCUUCAUGAACCUUAUCUUGUGGGCUAAAGGCAGCUCCGCGGCUAUUCCAUUCAGUACACUUCUGGGACUCCUGGCCCUAUGGUGGCUUGUGUCAGUACCUCUCACGUUUAUUGGGGCUUUCUUUGGAUUUAGAAAAAGGGCGAUAGAGCAUCCAGUGCGCACCAAUCAGAUCCCACGGCUGAUACCAGAACAAUCCAUUUACACUGAGGCGAUUCCAGGGAUCGUAAUGGGCGGAGUUCUACCCUUUGGAUGCAUCUUUAUUCAGCUGUACUUCAUCCUGAAAUCCAUUUGGUCGUCGCAAAUGUACUACAUGUUCGGCCUCCUGUUCUUAGUUUUCAUCAUUCUAGUAAUCACCUGUGCGGAAACAACUAUCUUGCUGUGCUAUUUUCAUCUUUGUGCAGAGGAUUACCAUUGGUGGUGGAGAUCAUACCUAACUUCAGGAUUCACAGCCAUCUAUUUAUUUUUGUAUUGCUGUCACUACUUUUUCACAAAAUUGCAAAUAGAGGACGUGGCGUCGACGUUCCUAUAUUUUGGUUAUACUCUUAUAAUGGUAUUUCUCUUCAACCUGAUGACCGGGACAAUUGGAUUUUUCGCAUGCUUCUGGUUCAUCAGGCAAAUAUAUAGUGUGGUUAAAGUAGACUGAAUUGAUAUAAUUGUGUCAGUGUGCUAUUCAAAUACAAAUAAAAUUGUUAUAUUUUUA